UGGUGUCUUUAGACUGUUGUAGUGUUGUCAGUCAUGUUAGCUAACGUGGCUGCUAAGGGCAAGAUCUUAUUUGUAAAUUUAGAACGAAUUUGACAAAUACCGAUCUACAGAAGUAGAAAUAUGCCCGAAGACAACAUGGAGACACACACGUGCACGGCUCCUGUCAAUAUAGCAGUCGUUAAAUACUGGGGGAAGAGAGAUGAAGAUCUAAUUCUACCCAUUAACUCAUCGUUGAGUGUUACACUUCAUCAAGAUCAGUUGAAGACAACGACAACAGUGGCCACCAGCAAGUCUUUUGAAGAAGAUCGACUGUGGCUCAACGGCAAGGAGGAAGAUAUCAGCCAUCCAAGACUACAGUCCUGUCUGAGAGAGAUCCGGCGUCUUGCAAGGAAAAGACGUAAUGAUGAUGAUCCCGGUUUAGACUCAAGGGGCUUAUCUCACAAAGUUCACAUCUGUUCCGUCAACAAUUUCCCCACCGCUGCUGGACUUGCUUCCUCUGCUGCAGGAUUUGCUUGUUUAGUAUACACACUGGCCCAGGCGUUUGGUGUAGAAGGGGAAUUGUCCUUGGUGGCUCGUCAAGGCUCUGGCAGUGCGUGCAGAAGUAUGUUCGGCGGAUUUGUGCAGUGGCUCAUGGGACAUCAGAAUGAUGGCAAGGAUAGUUUUGCCCAGCAGGUGGAGCCAGAGACUCAUUGGCCUGAGCUGAGAAUACUUGUACUUGUGGCCAGUGCUGAGCGGAAACAUGUGGGCAGCACUUCUGGCAUGCAAACUAGUGUGCAAACAAGUCAGCUCUUAAAGCAUCGGGCCGAGUCGGUUGUCCCAGGCCGCAUGGUUGAAAUGAUUAAAUCCGUGCGCAGGAAAGACUUUCCUGCAUUUGCUGAACUCACCAUGAAGGAUAGUAACCAGUUUCAUGCCACCUGCCUGGACACAUACCCUCCCAUAUUCUACCUCAAUACUGUAUCUCAUCAGGUCAUCAACUUGGUGCAUCGAUACAACAGCCAUUACGGGCAGACAAGGGUCGCUUACACUUUUGAUGCAGGACCCAAUGCGGUAAUAUUCACGUUAGAGCAGCACAUUCCUGAAUUUGUUCAAGCAGUCCGACAUUUCUUCCCUCCAGAAACUAACGGUAGCGAGUUCAUAAAAGGUCUUCCAGUUUCUCAUGUAAAUCUUCCUGAGGAGUUGAAACAGGCUAUUGGUUUGGAGCCCAUGCCAAGAGGAAUUAGUUACAUUAUCAGCACUAAGCCUGGCCCAGGCCCUUGUGUUGUGAAGGACUCCACGCAGCAUCUGCUUGGACCUGAUGGAUUACCGAAGAACACUGUUAAACAUCUUUUACUGGGCAGGGACAUUGGAGUAAAACAUAAAAACUGUUACUAAUACUGUAUAUCACUACAAAUCAAUGGAGUUGUUAUCACAUUCAAAUUUUGAUUAUAUCUCCUGUCAAUUGUUUUACAUUUUAAGUUGUUUUAUGUGCUCUUCUCAUAUGCUGCUGAACCAUAAUUUUGAAUAUUGAUAACGACUUAUUUCCGAUUGAAAACAUUUAAUUUUGCAUUCAUGUUCACAAGACAAGUAAACCAUUACAUUGGUUUAUUUAUUUCUCUGUCUGUUGCCAUGCGUAGAAAAGUUCCUGUAAUUGUACAAUAUGCAUAGAUCUAAUCAUGUAAUUGGAAACAUUGUCUCACACUUACAUUAAAGACUGUCCAAAUCUA